GCUUAAUUUGUAAAAUCAUAACCUAAUUUGAUGUUUAAUAGGAUUCCCCUUAAUCUCUCUUUAUUAUCAUACAUAUUCGCUUAUCCAACAUUCUGCCGGCCCGUUUAUAUUGGAUAAGUGGGACUCUACUGUAGUUGAGAGGACACAAACUGGACAACACUCAGAAAACAGAGGUAUUCCAGACAGGAAACAAUCGGGGCCAAUUAACACCUCCCAACAAAGGAUUGCCCCAGGCAGGAAGCAGCCAAGCUUUGAAGCUGCAAGACCAUUCAGUGCUAAUCAAGGUGGCCAAUUGCAACAUUCACACUUGCCUCCAACAGACGAGUUCUUUCUCCUACCCUGGAAAUCCCACAGAUAUAUAAAACCUCACUUGCCUAGUUUCCAACUGACCUCACAAUCUUUGAGGAAUGCCUGCCAUAAAUGUGGGUGAAAUGUCAGGAGAGAAUACUUCUGGAACAUGGCCACAUAGUGAAUGUGGUGAAUUGACAGUACAUUUCACCUCCACCGGCCCCCCAAAAAAGGAGAUUCGAGGCAGCUCACACGAAUACAGACCACAAACGGUCAAUAUAUAAUCUCUCCUUACUCAUUUUUGUCCAAAGAUUCCUUUCUGUCAAGAUUUUCUGGAGGAAGGCUUGCUUUCUUCUCGGGUCAAGAAGGUAACUCGGCCUAGUCUGGCCUCCUGAGCCUCCCUCUUGCUUGAAGCGUAAAAGCUCUCUUUCCCCAGCAAAUUCCUUUACUGUAUUUGCUUUUCAUUUUAUAGCAGUGUCGCUGAGUGAGAAAGCUACAUAUAUAUCACAAAUAUAUGGUGGGAAAGAUAACUGGAAAUAAUUACGGUGUGUCAGAAGACUUUCCCUCACUCUUUGAAAGUGAUUGCUCCACUUCAGCACCUUGGAUUGAUAUUUGAAGACAACCGUUUUUAUCCACAGUACAUAUUGACAUCUUAGAGACGCUUCCAUCACAAUGAAAUCUAUGGAAGAUCAAGUUGUACAAGAAGAACUAGGAUACCAAGAUGAUGAGGAAUCUUUUUUCCAGGAUAUUGAUCUAUUACAGAAGCAUGGAAUUAAUGUGGCUGAUAUCAAAAAGUUAAAAUCAGUGGGAAUUUGUACAAUCAAAGGGAUUCAGAUGACAACAAAACGAGCACUAUGCAAUGUGAAGGGACUUUCAGAGGCAAAAGUGGAGAAGAUAAAAGAGGCUGCCAACAAGCUUAUAGAACCAGGAUUUCUAACUGCUUUUGAGUACAGUGAGAAGCGGAAGAUGGUGUUUCACAUCAGCACAGGAAGCCAAGAGUUUGAUAAGCUUCUGGGGGGUGGGAUUGAAAGCAUGGCAAUCACAGAAGCCUUUGGAGAAUUCCGAACAGGCAAAACUCAGCUCUCCCAUACUAUCUGUGUAACAGCCCAACUUCCAGGAGCAGAUUAUACUGGUGGGAAAAUUAUCUUCAUUGACACAGAAAACACUUUUCGUCCAGACCGUCUUCGUGAUAUUGCUGAUCGCUUCAAUGCAGAUCAUGAUGCAGUUCUUGACAAUGUCUUGUAUGCACGGGCAUAUACUAGUGAGCAUCAGAUGGAAUUGCUUGACUUCGUUGCUGCCAAAUUCCAUGAAGAACCUGGCAUCUUCAAACUAUUGAUCAUUGAUUCCAUUAUGGCCCUGUUCCGUGUGGACUUCAGUGGUCGGGGAGAACUGGCUGAAAGGCAACAAAAACUUGCUCAGAUGCUAUCAAGGCUUCAGAAAAUAUCAGAAGAAUACAAUGUGGCUGUAUUUGUGACUAACCAGAUGACUGCUGACCCAGGAGCAACUAUGACCUUUCAGGCAGACCCUAAGAAGCCAAUUGGAGGCCACAUCCUUGCUCAUGCUUCUACAACCAGGAUUAGUUUAAGGAAGGGCAGAGGAGAGCUGCGUAUUGCCAAGAUAUAUGACAGCCCUGAAAUGCCUGAAAACGAAGCAACAUUUGCAAUAACGGCUGGAGGAAUUGGAGAUGCCAAAGAGUAGACAGGCUGUUGUGGUGAACAGCUGAGGCACAUUAGUUCAGCCUUCAUUGCAUAAAAUUCAGAUUUCCGCAUUUGAUUUUUAAAAUUUGGUUGCUUUGUGAGUUUUUUAAAAUUGGCAACAAGUAGCUUGGUGGAGGUAAGGUGCCAAUACAUACUAAUUGCAGGUUAAGGGUUACCUAGUUGUCUUGAGAAUGGAGACUUAUCAACAAAUCACAAAACAUAUGAAAAGGAUUUUUUUAGAUAUUGGACACUGGUUAUUACUGGAUACUGGUUCUUCUUCUUAAAACAAUAUUUAAUUGAAACAAUCUACCCUAAUCUAAGGACCCUUGUACAUUUUUGCAGUUUCUCUCUCUCUCUCUCUCUCUCUCUCUCUCUCUCUCUCUCUCUCUCUCUCUCUCUAUAUAUAUAUAUAUAUAUAUAUAUAUAUAUAUAUACAUGAAAAGUAGAAAAUAAGCAUCCUGGAAUGUUACUGAAAAUGAGCUAGCAUUAGUUUAUUAUCAUUUUAAGAAUUGUACUUUAUACCCAUAGUUUCCAGAUCAACCUGAUUUGUAUUGGAAAAUUGAAAUUGUGCAGGAGGAAUGGUUUUCUUUAUAAAGUUUUUUAAAUUACA